GCGAUACAAAGGCGUGUACACAUAAGUUGGCAGUUGCAACGCUUUGAUAUAAGACGGCGCGUAUCAAACAGGUUUCUUUGACUUAGUGCGUUUGUGUGAUCUUUGCUUUAUUGCUCGCGGUAUUCGGUGUUGAUAAUGGCCACGGAAACUCAGGAUAUCGUGCUAAGCGAAGAAGAACCUAAGGAAGAGAUUGUUGAGAGCGAAAAGAAAGUUGAAUAUAGCGUGAAAUCCGAAGUUAUCAGCACGGUUAAAACGCAUGAGACUGUCACUCUCGUAACAGAAGUGCGUAGUGAAUCAGAGACGGUGGAAAACCACGUGCAAGAAUCAACUGUUGAGACGACGCAAGAAGUAAUCGUCGUCGAAAAUGGUAAAGAGGAGGAGAAGGAGGAAGAGCCAAAGGAAGAGGAAUCUGCAAAACCUAGCGAUAACGUUGAAAGUCCCGCGUCAGACGAACCGCAGCAGGCUGAAACAAACGUUGUGACUGAAGCAAAUGUGGCGGCCGAGGCCGAUGUCGUGGCUGAUGAAACACCCGCUGCCGAAAGUAAAGCUGAAGCAAAUGAACCUGUUGUUGAAGUAGAGGAAGAGCAGCCAAAAGUUAUACUGCAUCAACUGCCUCCUGUUAAAGAAAUAGUUAGUCGUUCACCGCAGUGUCUUGCCCUCGAGACCUUCAUUUUAAUGUGUGAAAUUCCUUACGCGAACGAGUACGAAGACAAGGCCCAAGACGUAACGAAAGAAAACAAGGGAAAAAUACCUUAUAUUGUUUACAAGAAAGAUAAAGUCGAGGGACUAAAGAACUGUAUCGAUUUCCUCAUGAAAGAGUUUGCCGUUGAAACGGAUAAACAUCUCUCACCUCCUGAUCUUGCGGUGGUGCACGCCUUCCGUACUAUGAUAGAAGAAAGCACGUAUUGGAGUUUGAUGUACUAUCGCUGGGUUGACAACUAUGGUGAAUCCAAAAAGGUUUUCAGCAAGCUUCCUCCUGUUUUGAACGUUGUCAGUCCCAAAAUGUUUCAAAAUAAAUGCAAGAAGUCGAUCGAAAGUCAUAUGAUAGGGCGCUACAACCGCGAAGAGCUGUAUAACAUUGCUGAACAAGACCUCUACGCCCUUUCGUAUUUUCUCGGCGAAAAACCUUUUUUUCUUGGUGAACAGCCGUCCAGCUUUGACGCCAUUGCAUUUGGUUUACUAGCUAACUUCGAAUAUGGCGCCCUCGGAUCCCCCCAGAAUACUUUAAUCCAAGAAAAGUUGGCAAAUAUACGGGAGUUUAACGAGCGUAUGAAGACGAAAUUUUGGAGCAAUUGGGAAGAUAUUUGUGGCGACGAGAAAUUACAAGAGAAGCCCAAGGCAUCCCUCGUGAAACGUCUUAGUUUCCGAGGAAACAAGAAAUCUAAGAAGCCUGCGAAGGAAGGUGAGAAAUCAGAAACAACGAGUCCAAACAACGAGUCCAAAGACGAAGCGAAUGGCGAAGAGGCAAAAGAAAACGGACAAGAGUCAAAAGAAAAAGACGAGGAGGCAAAAGAAAAUGGCGAUGCAGAAGAACCACCCAAAGAGAAUGGUGAAACCGAGCCAACAGGAGAAGCAACGAGCGGAGAAGAUAAGAAAGAAGACGGUGAUCAGAAAGGUGAAAUUAAUGGUGAGACCGAACCUGCAAACGCCGACAAAUCAGGAGGUGAGGAGAAGGAAUAGACACUAGAAUUGGCAUCUCAUGACAUUGUAAAAUGUGUGUGUGACUUAAUUCCUGAAUGACCACAUAAGCAAUUGCCGUUUUGCUGCUGUGUGGGAACUGUGCCCCCAUAUUAAUAAACUUCAUGGAUAUUUAUAUAUUUGAUUUUGAAGAUGGUAAAAUGUUGUGAUAUUCAUUUCAUAGAUAACAUAGUUAGGAAUAUAUUAUGAAAUCAACAUUAGAUGUAAUGAAUUGGUAGAGUAUAUUCAUUUUGCCUAAUUUUACAUGGCAUUAAAUAUAGAAAUUUGGCA